AUGCCCAAAGAAAUUCCAGCGUUGGCGACCCCAGCCCAUCUUAUUCCCAAAGGCACCUGUACCUGCAAUCUGUCUAUGAUCGAUACCAGCUGCUAUCUUACUGUGCCUGCCGACACCCUUCAUCAGAGUUCUGGCCGACAGCUUCUCUUCGAUCUCGGUUGCCGAAAAGACUUUCGGAAUCUGCCGGCUCCCAUCGCGGAUGUCAUAGACCUCAAAGUCCCUGGUAUCAAGGUCGACUCAGACCUAGCGGACAUCCUGAUCAAGGGUGCAACUAAUCUCAAGAAUAUCGAGGCAGCCAUUGUGAGCCAUCAUCACUACGAUCAUACGGGGAACCCAGCGGCCCUGGUUGUUGGGCCAGGGUUCUCGGACGCCUUCAUGCCUGGCUACCCAACAAAUCAAGAUUCUCCACUCUACGAAAACGCUUUCAAAGGCCGAGACGCUCAUGAGAUGGAUUUCUCCGACUGUCAGAUUAUCGCAGGGUACCCAGCAAGAGACUUCUUCGGAGACGGCAGCUUGUACAUCUUGAGCACCCCGGGCCACGCCAUAGGGCACAUCUCUGCCCUCGUCAGAACAGACGAGAGCUCAUUCGCCUUUCUUGGUGCCGAAAUUUGUCACUUUGGUGGCUCUUUCAGACCAACACUCUACCUCCCAAUGCCAUCGUCAAUCAGUUCCAGCGACUUAAGCCGCGAUGACAACCCAGCCCAAGAGUAUCCCCCAGCCAUAUUCACGGGCCGUCACCCAAAGGCUUAUAGCUGUAGAACCACUCCAUACUAUGAGGUGUGUGCUAGGGAAGACUCCUGGCAUGUGAAUCCGCCAGUAGCAGGUGCAAGUAUAGAUAAGCUCAAGAGUCUGGACGCGAAUGGGGAUGUACUUGUACUCAUCGCACAUGAUCCGAUUGCAAGCAAGGUCCUGCCUCUUUUCCCGGCCGGCACUCUUAACGUAUGGGAAUUGACAGAUUGGAAAACGAAGCUUAGAUGGGGGUUUCUGGAUGAAUUGCCGCAGGAAGAUCGAAAACGAAAGUAUUUGGUGGAUGGGACUUAUCGCAAAGGCAAACUUGUCAAACCUUUAGACAUCUUGGAUGUAAAUCCAACGUAG